CAGCUCGCUUGGCCCGACUCGCGCGCCCUCACUCUGCAUCCUCGGAGGCGCACGGACUCUCGUGGACGUGUUUGCUGUAGCCCACCGCAGCCAGCUAUGUUAAGAAGACGUGACUUGAUUUGACUUUGCAUGUGAAAGUUGGACACACGGAACUUGUUGUCGUCGUCUUUGGUUUCUUCUGCGCGAUGGAGUGAUGCAGAGUGGAAUCAUCAAAUUGGGAAUAAAACUUGGGUUGCGCGCUGGCAUGGCGCGUCAGGUGUGCCCGGGCUCGUUUAGAAGCUGCUUCUGUCUGUCACGGUCUCGACAUUUGCCGUGACUUCGAGAACGAGAGGGAGAAUGAUGGAAGAAAGAAAGAGACUUUUUGGCUAUUUUCUUUUCGCGGCUCAGCUCUUUCUGAGCUCCACGCAAGUCCUGAGAAUCGGUGGGAUUUUUGAGACCCGAGAGAGUGAGUUAGUGAGUACGGACGAGCUGGCCUUCAAGUUUGCUGUUAACAACAUAAACCGCAACAAGACCCUGAUGCCCAACACCACUCUUACCUACGACAUUCAGAGGAUCAACCUCUUUGAUGGCUUUGAGGCUUCCAGGAGAGUGUGUGACCAGCUCGCUCUUGGGGUGGUUGCUGUGUUUGGCCCCUCUCACAGCUCCUCAGUUAGUGCUGUUCAAUCUAUCUGCAAUGCUCUGGAAGUCCCUCACAUACAAACACGAUGGAAACACCCAUCGGUGGACAACAAAGACACCUUUUUCAUCAACCUGUAUCCGGAGUACACCGCUAUUGCCAGGGCCAUCCUGGAUGUAGUCACGUUCUUCAAAUGGAGGAAACUAACGGUGGUCUAUGAGGACAGCACAGGUCUGAUGCGGAUGCAAGAAUUGAUCAAAGCUCCAGCAAAGUUCAACUUGAAGAUCAAGAUCCGCCAGCUGACGCCGGGUAACCAGGAUGCCCGACCGCUGCUUAAGGAGCUGAAGAAAGACAAAGAGUUUUUUAUUAUUUUUGAUUGCUCCUAUCGCAUGGCUGCUGAGCUCCUUAAGCAGCUUUCAUCCAUGGGAAUGAUGACAGAGUACUACCAUUUUUUCUUUACAACCUUGGAUUUAUUUGCCUUGGAUCUAGAGCCAUACCGCUAUAGCGGGGUCAACAUGACUGGUUUCAGACUGCUGAACAUUGAUGACCCUUGGGUAGCAUCUACAAUGGACAGGUGGGCCAUGGAAAGACUUCAGGGUCCCAAACAAGAAAGUGGUCUGAUGGAUGGAGUCAUGACCACAGACGCAGCUUUGAUGUAUGAUGCCGUGUACAUGGUUGCUGUCGCGUCCCAGCGGGCCACUCAGAUGACCGUCAGCUCCCUGCAGUGUCACCGCCACAAGCCUUGGCGCUUUGGUCCACGCUUCAUGAACCUUUUUAAAGAGGCACAGUGGGAUGGACUGACAGGGCACAUUGUUCUUAAUAAGACAGAUGGCCUGAGGAGAGACUUUGAUUUGGACAUCAUCAGCCUCAAAGAGGACGGCAUUGCCAGGGGUGUUGUGGAGGGCGGAAGUCGCCUCACGAAAAGGUGGAUCGAGAUUGCUGUGUGGAACUCGUACAGGGGGAUGAACCUGACGGAGGAGUCCAGGCGAGACAAGAAUAACAAUGUGACAGACUCUCUGGCUAACAGGACUCUCAUUGUCACCACAAUACUGGAAAAUCCUUACGUGAUGUUGAGAAAGUCAGACAAGGAGCUGGUUGGGAAUGAUCGCUACGAAGGCUACUGUCUGGACCUUUUGAAGGAGCUCUCAAACAUCUUGGGUUUUACGUAUGAAGUCAGACUGGUGGCUGAUGGGAAAUAUGGAGCCCAGAAUGAUAAAGGAGAGUGGAACGGGAUGGUCCGGGAGCUGAUCGACCAUGUUGCAGACCUUGCCGUGGCUCCCUUAACCAUCACCUAUGUCAGAGAGAAAGUUAUCGACUUCUCCAAGCCCUUCAUGACCUUAGGCAUCAGUAUCUUGUACCGGAAACCUAACGGCACCAAUCCAGGCGUGUUCUCAUUUCUUAAUCCCCUGUCUCCGGACAUCUGGAUGUACGUGCUGCUGGCCUGCACAGGGGUCAGCUGCGUCCUCUUUGUGAUUGCCAGGUUUACUCCUUACGAGUGGUACAACCCACACCCGUGCAACCCGUCCUCGACUCUAAUUCAGAACAAUUUCACUUUACUCAACAGUUUCUGGUUUGGAGUUGGAGCGCUCAUGCGGCAAAGCUCAGAGUUGAUGCCUAAAGCUCUAUCCACACGUAUAGUUGGUGGCAUCUGGUGGUUUUUUACCUUAAUCAUCAUCUCAUCCUAUACGGCCAACUUGGCAGCCUUCCUCACGGUGGAACGAAUGGACGCACCCAUCGACUCAGCAGAUGACCUGGCGAAGCAGACCAGGAUUGAAUAUGGGGCAGUUAGGGAUGGAUCCACUAUGACUUUUUUCAAGAAAUCAAAGAUCUCCACUUAUGAGAAGAUGUGGGCCUUUAUGAGCAGCAGGAAGAACACCGCUUUGGUUAAGAACAACAGAGAAGGUAUCACCCGCGUCUUGACGACAGACUACGCCAUGCUGAUGGAGUCCACCAGCAUCGAGUACAUCAGCCAGAGGAACUGCAACCUCACACAGAUUGGGGGUCUCAUAGACUCCAAGGGCUAUGGAGUGGGAACACCUAUUGGUUCUCCUUACAGGGAUAAAGUGACCAUUGCCAUCCUUCAGCUCCAGGAGGAAGGGAAACUGCACAUGAUGAAAGAGAAGUGGUGGAGAGGAAACGGCUGUCCAGAAGAGGACAACAAGGAAGCCAAUGCCUUGGGCGUGGAAAACAUUGGCGGUAUCUUCAUUGUCCUGGCUGCCGGUCUGGUUCUCUCUGUGUUCGUGGCCAUUGGAGAGUUCAUCUACAAGGCCCGCAGGAACGCCGACAUAGAGGAGUGCGUGUCUUUUAGCGCCGUGAUGGAAGACUUGGGGAUCUCCCUGCAGUGUUACAAAGGCAUCCGGAGGAGGUCACGACCUCACGGCGGUGCAAGGUCAGCUUGCAUCUUCUGUCAACCCAAACGUACUUCAAAGAGGGAGGCAGCGAGACGAGAUUCCAGCACUUAAGCUUUGAAUCAGAAAAGAAAUGGAAAUGCAGAGACUGGUAUCUGAUCAUGUUCCAGUUCUCUUAUUUUUUUUGUGUGGGCCACCAGCAGAUAUGACGUUAUUUCCUCAGCACCUCUAGACUGCUUGUGUAUGGAUAACGCAUUAAAUACUGUACCGUAAAUGUAGUUGACAACACUGUAGCCUUGUAUCAACAUUAAUAAUGUUAAAACAGGUGAUGACCACAAGAAUGAAAUCCCUGUCAUUGUGUAAACCAUCGAUGUUCCCUCACGGCUGUAGUUUGGUUUAAGGCGUCUGCAGAGUUGAAUCUGUAGACUUUAUAGAACCUCCCAUCGUUUAAUGACAAAACUUCACUGAUUUUAACAAUAAAAAGACUUUUGCAUUUUUUUAAAUGGUUUUAAAUGAUUUCUUGCUCUUGUUUCCUGCUGGCAGCAGUGUGUGUGCGUUUCUUGUAGGCACACACUGAAGUAGCUUCAGAGAGGAUUGCUGAGCCAACGCUGACCAGCGAAAAGAGAUAACGACCUCUAAGGAAAGACACAAACACACCUGCUGUUUUAUAGCCUUCCAGCACCAGCAUCUCAAACAUCAAUCCUGACACACAAACACACACACACACACAGACGCCCGUACUCCUUACAAACACCUGUGAUCAUGAUGUUAUCCCGGAGAUGGAUCAGAAAAAGAACAUAAUACUGGGAGAAGGGAAGGACAAAGUGAGAAGGACGUUUUAUAAUGCCGUAAGCUGUAAGGAGGUCAAAGUCAAACAGUUUUUUCCUUCCCUUGAGAGUAACAGUCUUGUUUUUCAAUAAGCCUCCUUUUUUUCAGCUUGUAUUUGUCAAAUCUGACAACGUUAGGAGAAAUCGUGUCUUCCAGGAGUGACAGUGGAUCCCAGUGGAUGUUUGCAUGCCACAAUGAGAUUUGUUACAUUUAAGUACAUUUUAAGCUUGACAUGCACGCUGCAGCAGACCCAUCAGCAGAUUUAGAAUUUACAGCACCAAGCCUCAGAUUGAACCAUAAAAUUAAUAAAAGCCUUUAUUUUGGAAAUACAGAAUAUUCCCAUUAGUAUUCUUUAUAAAAGCCUGGUUUUAGGGAUGGAGGCUUAUGACAGCUUCAUUUAAAUUUCAUAUUGUUUGACUACUUUACACAUUCAGUGUGCCUUUAUUCCCCUCUCUUACUCAAACAAGAGAGAUGUCUCAUCUGACAGGUGAGGAUUAUGCUAAUGAAAAAUGUUCUUAGGAGCCUCAGCAGUAUUAUCUCUCAGCAUUACUAACUAAUUCACGCACCCCUGCUGGAACUCUACUCCUGAGGGCACGGUGAAGGAUACCAACUUUGACACUUGACACACAUCAAACGGAUACACGGCACGGCACUGAUUAACAUAUGUGACAACAACAUCUUUACUGACAAAUCCAACUCUCAUUCCCACUUUGGUCAGUCCCCAUGUUACAGUAGAAGCUUCCCCAUAUCAACUUUUGUUUCUGUUCUCUUGAACUUUCUUUAAGAUCAAAGACAUGAAUAACCAGCUCUUACCCAACCGGUUUACUUUUCAUGACUGUGUCCUCCGUUUAACAUUUGAGGCUUUCCACUCACCUGCCCUGAACUCUAACUGGGUGUGUGCUCUGUCCACCUUUGUGCCUGAAGCCAUCAGCUGUUCCUUGCUUUCAGUUAUUGUGUAAACAUUACUGCAAUCAGGUUUAGACUUAACUCCAGAGUAUUACAAACCAAAUAUUGGUAAGGAAGCAAUUCCAAGGGGACAGAAACUAAGACAAACUGUUAAUAGAUCAUCUUAAAGUUUGAGUCUUGAUAAUGUCAAGACAUUCAAACUGACCCUCACUUCCCUGAUCUUAGCAGCUAAUGCAAUGACAUUUCAAACAGGACAGAGCACUAAAUGCUGUAAAUAGCUUAUAAAUUGUUGGAGUCAGAGGUUUUGUGCUGUAAUUUCUCUCUGUAGACUCUGUAUGCUGGUUUGUGUGUAUCCUGAGGGAAUUCAACCAAGCGUUUCUUAAUCUCUUCAUGUAAUGAGUUUUCUCUUUUUUGGUAUUCAGAUUAAUUCUGGGAUUGGGCUCAGUCCAAUGUAAUAGCGUUAGGUUGCCUCUAAUCUCCUAACCCCAUAAUUCUUAAUCAAAACCAAAGGCAGUAUUUUUUUUAUCAUUAUCUAAUCCAUCACGAAUGAGGCCAUGGAUUACAACUCCAACCUUGGCAUGCUCCUAAACUGACCGUUAUUGCUAAGCCAGGAUGACCUCACCUGACUAAUGCUCUGUUGUCUUAGGCUUAAACUCUUUGUGGCAAUGAUCUCAAAGCACAGAGCUCUCAACCUGGGGAGGUGAAAGAGAGAUGUGGAGACAUGAAGGGAUUGUGGCAUCUGUCUGUUUUUGCUGUCAGUAAGUUUGAAGUUGUGGGGGAAGAAGAAAGCUGUCAGAAAGCCUUCAGAAAACAAAUAAAAAAAGGGUAAAUUA